AUGUUAGAGAUGGACCCUGUGCUGUCCGGGUCACUGUGUUUCUUGAUACUAGCGAUCGCCAUGUACCUCAAGUUCAUCCGUGAGCAGCCGUGGAGUGAUGAAGAGCUGUCGGACCACAAGAGCAGUCCAGUGGACGGCGAGACUGACACCGACACGAGACCCUUUUUGCACCCGGCGUCACCUGCUGGUAGAGGGCAGUGCCAGCAGCAGAAACGAGGACCAGGUCAAGGGCGACAAGUGGUCCAGCAAGUGAAAAAGACGCAGCCAUUGCCGCCGCAACCUCAUCGUGGGUACGCGGGGAUCAAGCCGAGCAGAGAGACGACGUCUUUUGCGGACACAACGACUGGUGACGAUGCCAUAGCUACAUGUGGUGUCCAGUACUUACCCAAGAAUCAGCCUAUGCGAAGGCGAGCGCAUAGCGGGACGACGGCGUCCUCGGCUCAGUCCAACAGUGAGAUCACAGGUGCUGCCGUGGACGUUGGAGAGGCCAUCAUGGACCAAUUGCCCACGACGAUUUACGAAGGAGCGAAUUAUGACCAGUGCACAGCGCAGGGACUACAGGAGGACUUUGGACAAAACCAGCAUCGAAUCGUGUUGGAUGACUAUGACGAAGAGAUGGGCUAUUUGUCGCCGCCUGGACAUGAGGACGCAGCGCAUGUUCCACUAGAGAGUGUGUCGUUUGAAGUUGAGGACGAAGGGUUUUACGACCUGGAGAACCAUCGGCCGAACGACCGUUUGCUUGGUGUCGCAGACAGAUUGGACGGCGGCACGAAGCCGAUGCAGAUCGGAGAGAAAUAUAGCGGUGGGGACCUGUUGGAAUCACCCGACGUGGCGGAAGCGCUUGCUGAUGCUAAAACACUGAAAACGAACGUCGAGCGGCAGUUCGUGCGGGACGUUGCUCCGCCAGCCCAAAUGCAGCUCGAGGUCGCACGAAAGGCACGUAUCCCGCUGUUUUUGCACUCGCCGAUGUAUGUAAAAACCUCUGCGACCCCUCUGGUUGACGAGGUUGAUGCCGAGUUUACAGCAGAGUUUGCGGUGGAGGAAACGAAGGAACAACAGGGUGCUAUAAAUGGCGGGGCGCUGGCACAAGGUGUCGUAGAACUUGACCGAGUGAAUGGUGCGGGAGGUGGAAUGGCAGAAGGUGCAAAGGGAAUUCUUACGCGAAGAAAGAGGCCUAAACUGUCGAAAGCCAAAAGUGAUAGUUUGCACCUAGAUUUUGAGGAGCUGCAAGUUGACGAGAUGAUUGGUCAGGGUGCGUUUGGCACGGUGCAUCGUGCGAAAUGGCGAGGGACUGUAGUGGCCGUGAAGAUUCUGGUCUGCCAGUACAUGACGACUGACAUACUUGAGGAGUUUGAAGCCGAAGUGCAGAUCAUGAGCAUAUUGAGGCACCCCAACAUCUGCUUGUUGAUGGGUGCAUGUCUGGAACCACCCACGCGCUGCCUUGUGAUUGAGUACUUGCCUCGUGGUUCGCUCUGGAAUGUCAUUCGCCAAGACGUCGUCAUUGACGUGGGGAAACAGUAUGGGUUCGCGCGUGAUACGGCGCUAGGUAUGAACUACCUGCAUUCGUUCCAGCCGCCAAUUUUACAUCGCGAUUUGAAGAGUCCGAACUUGUUGAUCGAUUCGUCUUACGCACUCAAGAUCUCGGACUUCGGUCUAGCGCGUGUGCGUGCUCGCUUUCAGACGAUGACCGGGAAUUGUGGGACAACACAGUGGAUGGCACCAGAGGUGCUUGCUGCCGAGAAGUACACGGAGAAGGCUGAUGUGUUUUCGUACGGUGUCGUGGUCUGGGAAACCGUCACGCGGCAGUGUCCGUACGAAGGCCUCACUCAGAUCCAGGCGGCGCUCGGUGUGCUCAACAACAACCUGCGGCCGACGGUGCCCGAGCAAUGCCCGCCUUUAUUCAAGCAGCUCAUGACUUUGUGCUGGGCAAGCGCCCCCGAGCAGCGACCUAGCUUUGAGACGGUACUGGAGAUUCUGAACCGCUCUAUCGACGGCAUGGCGCUACCACAGCUAAGGCGCUGA